AUGCAAGCGAACUUUCAAUCCGCGCGCCCUUUGUUUUUCCCCGGCAUCAAACAAGUAAAUUCUGGAGUCGCUAUUUUUCGUCAUUUAUUCUGCAAUUAGAAACUACAGACGCCGGGAAUGGAUCCGGUCGGUUCGAAAGAUUUGGCUUUUCGUAAAAUCUGCACAGAGCGUUUCAUCUUGUCGAUAUGCUACAGCCUGUUGCAACAGUAUUUGCUAGUGACGAUAUUUCUGCUGUUUAUCAACUUCAGUAUCCUGCACCCCAUAAGCUGGAUCAUCGGAACAGUGCGCCUGCUUGUCUCGUUCUAUCCCUGGAUUGCUUCGGUUCCGCUGGCUGUAGCCGUGACCGUACAUGGAAUAGUGUUGGCUAAAUCGUGCCUAUUAGAAUCACGGUACCAUUCAACGUACUUUCUCAAAUUGUAUCGUGACCUCAUACAACGGUCGGUACUUUUACUCACAAACGGAACCAUCGGGUGCUUGACCGCUUGGUUAUACACACGAUUUUUGCGAGACGAUUAUCGGCUUUUGUUCUUGACUUCCGAGCAAGAUGAGUCUGAGUUUCUCAACGACCGUUUCAUUUAUUUGCUAAUGAGUGGAGUGUUCAGUGGAAGUUAUUAUUUUGUAAGGGAACAACCAAACCCGGGUGCAGUAGAUUUCCCGAUCAUUCUUCUACCAAAAGUGGCACAAUAUUGGAACAAUCUAAGCAGUGUUUUAACGAAAUCGAUGCGAAAAUCAGUUGUGGGCAUGUUUAUUUACAUGAGUUUCUACUACACAUUUUCCUGUCUAUUUAGACAAAAACUGGCUUCUCUUGGAGGAGUAAAACUCUAUUGUGACUCUACUUUGUACAGUUUCUGCAAUAUCGUGAUGGAUAUUCGACUGUUGGUGUACACCUGGCUAUUUUCAACCCUAAUUCUGAGCAACAUACAUCUGAUGCAUGUACUGUUUCGUAUUUUUCUAACCGAACCCCAAAACUUCAACCUUGAGACAAGCAUUUUUCAAACAAAUGAUGAACCUCUACUCGCGGACGCCUUGGCCUAUAAGCAAAUUCCAAUUGUACAGCAACUGGCAAGUGAAGAUCUGUAUACUAUGUCCGAAGCACAAGACAGCAUUCGACGUAAACAAUUGUUCGCGUUGACAGUGCCUGGAGGUCAUCCCAAUAAUUGGAGGAGGGUAUACGAAGUGUGCAUGAAGUUGAUUGGGGAUUUUACACAGGAGUUGAAUUACUCGAUUGACGGGAUCGAGCCGAAACCUGCACCACCUAUGGUUUUGAUGGGAGGAGUUCUGCGCCCAACGGCAUCGAUGGACAAAGAGAACUUCAUGAAGAAGCAGUACAACCAAAACUUUGGUAUUCGCAGCUUAUCAACACCAACGUUGGCCACCCCAAACGGGACUUCCGAAAGUCAUGCAAAAUCUCACGGCAAGGCGGUGGAUCAAGUCAUCUCGUUAGUCAUGGCGGUGAAGCGUAUACCUGGAUAUGAUUUCCUGUUCGUCGAAUCUAAAUCAGCCAAAAGCUACUAUCUGCUCUCCAUUCAAUCACAACUGAUAGCGAAAGUAACGCAAAGCUUGGUAGCUAUUGCCAGCCGUUCUCUUGCCGAGGACACGUACGGUGUUUUGCAAACCGAUUUACCAUGCAUCGUCCAUACGUUGUUGGAAUUGAAAAAGGUCGUCGAUAAAAUCGGUCUAAUCAAUUUGGAUGUCAAGAGAGUCGAUCGGAACUAUAUCGCCCUGAAAGGUGCUGUAAAGAAAAGUCUGUACAGAUUUACCACAGCAUUCGGACCGUACAUUAAGCAUCUUGUAAUCGAACCAGAAGAUGUAAAGGCGCUACAGGCUUUCGUGAACUUCCGUGAAGUUUGA